UCCUGUAGUGUGAAAUUAAGUCUCAGAACAUUGAUUUGGCUUGGAACUAAUUCGUUUAUUAGUAGACGUAAAAUUUAAAAUUAUAGAAUGUCUGACAGACCUCCACUGGAAUCCUUUUUAAAAUGGAAAUUGAGCAUCGAAAGCCCCUCUUUAAAUUAUGCUGCAAAGGCAGUCACAAAAAAUGUCAUUGUGGCAGUGGAUAUUCCCUAUCCAUUGAUAAAGGCUUGGCAUGAAUUCCUGGGGUUGCAGAAGAAGGUUAGAAAGACAGCUGCUGUGGCAAGUCAGCCUAAUCAGUCAGCAUCAACUAGCAGUGAUCUAAGUCCUGCAGCAGUCCAGGAAUACACCUAUGUUGACCUUUUUGAGUAUUGUAUUCCUCAUCAUACCUUUGCCAUAACUGCUGAUGAGCAAAUACGAAAAGAAGUAAACAAUACCCUUGCAAAAAUUGCUGGAAUGGUCCAGAAUUUAUAUGCAAAGGCCAAAGGAGGUAGCAAGAGAGAGGAACUUAACUCAAAAGUGAGAAGAUUCCACAUUUUUGAAGGACAAACACUUUCAGUAACUUGCUUGAGGGAAGAAACUGAGGCUAUUAGAGAUGAACUGGAGGAGUGGAAGCAGAAUUACCAGCAUCUUGAAGCAGAGAGUAAACAGCUAUUUGCAGAAAUGUAUUUAGCCAUUCAAGAGAAGGAACAAAGUUUGUCUAACCUUCAGUCAAAGAAUGAAGAACUCCAACAUUACUUCGAGAAAAUUGAAAAUUCAGACAAAACUUAUGUGGGGAAAGAUAUAUCAGAGGUGAAGAAGAAGUCUCGCACUUUAAAGGAAUUUAUGUGUAGAGCCAAAACUGCUUUGUGGUUUGCAAAGUCAUUUGGACUGGAACUAGAGUCAAUGACUAUGAAUGAGCAAAAGACUGGCAUCAGUCACACAGUAAUGGCUGAAGACCAGAUGUCAAAUUACAAUGGGAACUCAAAUGCAUUUGACUCACUGUCUGAAGAGGAGAAGUCCAAAGUAGAAAAGGUGCUAUUUUUAUUAGAUAAAUUUUGUGUUGGAGACAACUUUUAUCAUGAGCUUACAAUGGUAGUUGAUGGCUUGCCAAAGUCAUACCUUGUAAAGCAAAGGAGAAGUCAGAUGAAUGACAUCUGUCAUAUCACCUCCACCCCCGGUGAGACGGAAGGGGCACAGACAUCAUUCACUGACCUUCUGAGAGACAGGGUUCAAGACUAUGUGGCAAGCCAUCCACAUGUGGAUCAUGUACAAAUCAAAAUUUCAGGGGAUGGGGCGAGAAUGACCAGAAAUUCUAGUUUCAUACUUAUGAGUUUUGCCCUACUCCAUUCAGAUGAUGAAGUUAUGGCAGCAAAAGGUAACCACACCAUAGCUGUUGUGAAGGGUAAAGAACACUACAAUACCUUAAGGCAGUCAUUUGAAGAUGUCUUCAAGGACAUCAAUUCUCUUAUAAGUAAGAAGAAAAUAGAAGUGGGUGGCAAAUCAAUUAAUUUGGAAUUUUUCCUAGGGGGCGAUUACAAAUUCAUUUUACUUGUGAUGGGUUUGAAGGGUGCUACCUCACACUAUGCAUGUGUAUGGUGCAAAAUACACAAAGACAUGAGGUGGGACACAAGCUUCAAUUUAGACCAUUAUCAAUCUCCAGAUCUAAGGAGAACUCUUACAGAGAUGUUUGAACUAGUAAAGAAAAAGAAACAAAAUGACAAAUAUUGCUGUGAACAUGAGCCUCUACUUCAUAUAGAGCUCGAUCAUGUAGUGUUGGAUGAACUGCACCUUCUAUUAAGGAUUUCAGAUGUUCUCAUAGAAAAUUUGGUUCGGGAUGCCUUAGACUGGGACAGAAGCAAAAACUGGGACAAGAGGAAAUGUCAACAAAAAAAUGAACACCUAAAAAAUUUGCAGGCAGCAAUUCGAUCAUGUGGGGUCUCCUUUGACAUAUGGGAAAAAACAAAUGCUGAUGGGAAAGGGUCUGGGCAAUACGAUUUUACUAGCCUCUUGGGGUCAGACAAGAAAAAAUUGCUUAAUGAACUUCCAACCAAACUCAAU